UAAUUAUUUACAUUAUACUUAAAAACACUUUCCUAAAAUUUAGUCAAGACAGUUCGAGUUUUGCUACUUUACUAUGGAGUCUUCAUCGAUUGUUAGUUUCAACAAUGAUUCUACAUUCCAGUCGACGUUGAAAGCAGAAUAUAACAACGUCAGUGUCCACGAACUAGCCCUGCACGCGAUGAGAGAUCGAUGUCUACUGUUGCAGCGGAGAAUAAACACAUUGGAAACUGAUAACAUGAAGUUGAAACUGGACAUCACAAAAGCUAAACAAGGAUCACAGUACAUUCCUAUACAAGAAGAUGAGAGAAUGCAGCUGCAACAGAAGAUUGCUGAACUUAAGAAACAAAAGUCACAACUCAUGCAUCAUGUUUUCAUGGUAUCAUGCGAAAACAAAACCUUAUGGAACAAAAUUGCAUGUAUUAAAGGGCCUGAUAAGCUUCCUAGUGAACAAGCUAAGCAUCCUUUAAUCCGAACAAACACAUACAUCCAUAGCACUCCAAAAACAAGUUCAAACUAUCAGGAAAAGUUUUCAGAGUCGAGUUUAGAAGAGAUAUCUCUAAAAGUAAUAAACAGCUAUAUCCAAGAGAAGUCGCAGUUGGUAGAGCAGUACGAACAAAUGAGUGAGUUACAAGAUGUAGACGAUGAGAUGUUGAAUGUAGAUUCUAUAGGCUUCACUUACAUAGAGGAGCCGGCGACUGAUUCUUUGAAAGAGAUCCGCAGUCAGACGGAGAAGUUGCAGCAGUUGAAAAAAGAGAUGGCGCAGCAGGAGAAAGACCUUAAAUUAGCAAUAUCAAGGGUAGAAAGUGUAUUGAAGUAUGGAUACAAAUGCCCUACCUGCAUCGCAAAUAGUACAAAAAUAACAACUUCCGAGCAUAAAGAAAUAGAGACCAGCGAUAGUCUUGCCAACUGGGCCACGCCCGUUGACUCCAGCACUUAUAAUGACACUUUCAAUGAUUUAAACACUUCGGCAUUCAAGAAGAACCCAGAGCAAGACUCUAAAGAAUCUUCGUCACCUACAAGUGAUAGAGUCUGCCCUAUGUGCGGUGAAGCAUUCCAAAAAGACAUUGCUUUCAAUGAAUUUCAGGCUCAUGUGGAAUCCCAUUUUACUGGGGAUAUUGAGCCAGAUUCCAUUAUUGAUGAUUUUGAUAAUAUUACUAAUUCAUUUGAUAAUGUAAUAUAAUUUUUGUUUAAUUGUAGACACGUAUAAAGCCUUUGCCAAGCAAUGUAAUGUAAAUUUAAAUAAUGUAAUAUUUUAAUGUAACUUUUUAAUGCAACAGUGGCAAGUAAAUAAUAAAUGUGAAAA